GAAGCUUUGCCUUCAGCCUCCAUUCUCUUUCUAUCUUUUUCCUUGAGUCUUCUCUACUCUAUACUGUGUACAGGGACACAACAUAGAUAGAUAUAUACACAAGUAUCGUUUUCCACAUACGCAAAAUGUGUGUUUAUUGUUGAGAGCCAGCGGUGGCCACAGAUCGCCUUUGAGAUGUAAUAAUAAAUUUAAUAUUUUGUUCUUAGUCCUCUCCAAUCCAAUGAAAAGACUUUGAAGAAGUUCGAUCUCUGUGCACUGACCGCGAAAAUCAUUCGAGGAUAAUUGUUUAGUUUUGCUUCUGGAUCUUCGUCUUCUGUCGUGUUUGCGGAGUAAAUUUGUUACUGAUUCAGUCUUUUCCAGUUCCUUUGAAGCCUGAAGCAUAGAAGCUAAGCACAGUUCAUCUUGGUUUUGGACAGCCACCACUGAACCCUCAUUUAGUCGUAAUUUCUUGACAAAAUUUUACACACUUGAUGAUGCAUAAUCUGUUAGAUUUCUGAGGACAAAUAUUCUGCUUGCCACUGUUACCUAAAUCUGUAUCCACAGUUUUCUUCAUCUGGUCAAAUUGCAUGAACCUCUGAGAAGUUCUGAAGGCUGUCUUGUAACUUGUAGCUUAACUCAUCAUGUCGGAUCACAUUGCCCAAUCAUUUAAUGAUACCAAUGAGAGGAGUAGACGAUCUAUGCAAUCUGUUUGGAUGUCUCAUUGGACACGGACAAGCUAUAAUGUAACAGCAGAAACUCGUAAUCAUAAAUCUAAUGCUUCUGGAAACAAAGAAAUUGAUUGCGUUACUAUGCUAUAUCAUCCAACGAUUGGAUUAGAGGCUUCUAGGUCUGUGAGAAGACUUAGAGAAACUGAAACUCUAACUCUUGAGACCAUGAAUGACAACACAGGCACGAGCUCAAGGAACUCGAGAAAUGAGGGGUUUGGCUGUCAAUACAUCCCAACGACUAGUCCUUUUAAGUAUAGUGGGUGUAGUUCCAAAGCAAAGCAUUACCAAGGAGCUGAUGAAGCAUUAGGGCCUUCUUUUGGUAGCUUUGCAGUAUCAAAGCCUUCCCAUGAGUAUUUUGUUCGAUCAACAUCACAUAUAGUGCCAUAUGGAUUUGAUAACAGAAAAUAUGAGUUUAACAAAGGAAAAGCAGAUAUUUCUUCAUUCAUUGAUAGAUCUGCUAUAGUUUCUUACAAUCAAUUGGCUAAUGCUAGCCUGAGAACUCUAGAGCGUGAACAUCAUAAUAUUCUCAGGAAGUCAGCAUUUUCAGUUUAUGGGAGACAAAUAGACAGCAACUCACAAUCAGGAAAUUCCAGAAAUGCUCAUUUCAGUGAGAGUGAUACACCCACGUCACUUGAUGCUCCCUCCAUGAGUGAUGGUCACUUGUCAGCAUUUGGUAGAGAGCCGUUCCUGAAGAUGCAAAAGUUAUCUGGUAUGAAACCACUUCCAACUCAGUCCAGUGCUUUGGAGAAAACUGAAUUGAAGAAAUCACACACUGAUUGUUAUUCUCUAGAAAAGUUGCCAAAUUGUGUGGAUGAUGCCGAGACAAUGAGAAUAUACACUACUGUGGAUUCUGUAGAAGGAGAACCUGGAGGUUGUUCCAGGUUUUCUCAGACAACUCACAGUCUGUUAAUCACAAAAAGGACUGAUGUCAAUUCGUCAAAAGAAAAUGAUUUUCUCAGAGACAGAAGAGUGGUUACUGUAUUCAACGGAAAUAAAUCCAGGGAUUUUCAUAACCUGUCACCACCAUAUUAUGGUCAAGGUGAGCAAGGAGUAAAGCUUCAAGCUCUAGUUAGUUCAACAGAUAGUGAAGGGAAAGAAAAUGUUAAAGGCGUUAAGGCUUCUAAAGUUAUUGUUAAGAAUGAAUCAUCCACUGAGACUGAUGCCAUGGAUGUGGAUUCUUUCAAGGAGAAGAACCAGUUUUCUGCUGCAAAUUCCACCCUGUCAAAUAAGGUUAUCAGAACGGACUCGGAAUUACCAUCGCAGAUUCAUAUUGCUUCCUCGGAAGUUGGAUGUUGCUGGUCAAACAUGCUACCUAAUAGGAACUUGGAGCUUCCUGCCUUGGCGCCGGCUGCUGCAAACUCAACAGAUAAGGCGAGGCCUAGCUCCUCAAGGACUCAAAGUUUGGACAUGGAUGUGCUGGUGGCCCAUGCUACACACCCUAGUAAUCUGAAGUCUAAUGCCAUUCCAGACGGUGCACUAAAAAUUGAUCCAAGCUACAGAUGGGUUAAGCGUCUCAAAUUGAGCACUUCAAAUCCUCCAGCUCAUGGCACAAAGAUCUCAGACUUGGGUGAAAACCCAUCUCAUGAAAAAAUGAGCAGGUUCUUCAGAAAAUUUAGUAAAGACGGCAUGACUAGCUUGGACCCAACAGCAGGUAAUUGCUGUGGUAAAGAAUUGAUCAUGUCGGAUAAGACUGGAGACAUAUCGGGUGAAGGCAAUUUCACUAAUGUGGACCCCAUAAAAAUCGAUGAAGAUUCAUUACUUUCUCAUGCUUGGAUAAAAAGGUGGAUAUGUAAUGGAUCAACAAUUACCCAAAAGAAGUCUAAAUCCGUGGGGAUUUGUGAGCCACAAGCACUUGAAAAUCUCCAUGAAAAGAGGUUUCCAAGCGUUGCUGCUAUGGCAUUAAUGGGAAAGGCCAUGACCGGUUUUCGACCGUGUGAACUUCAGAACAGGGGUUCUUUCGUGGUUUGGAAUACCCGGGCUUUCUGAAGAUACUCAAGCUUGCUAGCUAGAAUCAAUGCUUGGUUCGACAAGUCUUCAUCAAAUGGUGCUUCUGAAGGCGGGAGCAAGGUUUAAGUGAAACGCCAAUAAUGGAGUUUUCGAGAUCUAGCCUGGGUUUCGGUAGUGAGUGUUCCAUUUCUUUUCAGUUGGCUUACUGUAAUUGUAAUUUCUGUCCAAAUUAUCUUUCGAAUUUGCUUUUUGAACAGGCCACUGGGUCACCAGAAUGCAUCUAUCUAUUUAUUUGAUGGAACUUGCUAGUUA